AUGUUGCGCGUGGUAAGCUGGAAUAUCAACGGGAUCCGGAGGCCCCUGCAAGGUCUGGGAUGCCAGGUACCCAGUAACUGUUCAACGGUCUUGCGACAGGUUUUGGAAGAGCUGGAUGCCGAUAUUGUCUGUCUCCAGGAGACCAAAGUGACCAGAGACGCACUGAUGGAGCCCCUGGCUGUCGUUGAGGGCUAUAAUUCCUAUUUCAGCUUCAGCCGCGGCCCGAGUGGCUAUUCUGGUGUAGCCACUUUCUGUAAGGACAGUGCUACCCCAGUGGCUGCUGAAGAAGGUCUGAGUGGUCUGUUUGCCACCCUGAAUGGGGAUAUUGGUUGCUAUGGAAACAUGACUGAGUUCACCCAAGAGCAGCUCCGGGCUCUGGAUAGUGAGGGCCGGGCUCUACUGACGCAGCAUAAGAUCUGCACGUGGGAAGGGAAGGAGAAGCCCUUGACCCUGAUCAACGUGUACUGCCCAUAUGCGAAUCCUGGGAGGCCCGAGCGGCUGACAUUUAAGAUGCGUUUCUAUCGCCUGCUACAGAUCAGGGCAGAAGCCCUCCUGGCAGCUGGCUGCCAUGUUAUAAUACUGGGGGACCUGAAUACAGCCCACCGCCCCAUUGACCACUGCGAUGCUGGCAGUCUAGAGUGCUUCGAAGAAGACCCGGGGCGUAAGUGGAUGGAUGGCUUGGUCGGUGGGGAGUACCAGGCUGAGUCCCAUAUAGGGCCCUUUAUAGAUAGCUACCGUUAUUUCUAUCCAAAACAGGAGAGAGCCUUCACCUGCUGGUCAGUGAUCACUGGUGCCCGCCGUCUCAACUAUGGUACCAGACUUGACUAUGUACUGGGAGAUCGGACUCUAAUCGUAAACACUUUCCAAGACGCCUUCCUGCUCCCUCAAGUUAUGGGCUCUGACCACUGCCCUGUGGGAGCUGUCUUGAAUGUGUCCUGUGUACCAGCAAAACAGUGUCCAGCUCUGUGCACCCGUUUCCUCCCUGAGUUUGCAGGUACCCAGCUCAAGAUUCUUGGCUUCCUAGUUCCUCGUGAACAAGCACUCAAGCGGGGGCAGCCAGUCCUGCAGCCCAGCCAUCAAGCCCAGGUCCAGAAACAUCAAAAAACACAGGCCCACAGGCACUCAUCCAGGCCUCCAAAACGUCAAAGUGGCUCCAGAAAACACCAGAAAGACCUGAUGAGUUAUUUUCAGCCUUCUGCUAGCCUUUCCCAAACUUCUGACUUAGAACUACCUAGGCUGCCUCUGGUGACCACCCUUCUUACCCCAAAGUCUCCAGAAGAGGAUAUGACAACCACAAUGGUGGAUGAGCAAGCCAAGGAUUCUGAGGUCAAAAAUGAGAAGGAGGUACAGACCUCGAUCUGGAAAUCUGUGCUGAGUGGGCCCUCACCCACACCCCUCUGCAGAGGUCACAGGGAGCCAUGUAUGAUGCGGAUUGUGAAAAAACCAGGACCCAACCUGGGCCGCCGUUUCUAUGUGUGUGCCAGGCCACAAGGUCCUCCUAAUGACCCCUCAUCAAGCUGCAACUUCUUCCUCUGGAGCAGGACCAGCUGA